UCACUCAUUCUGACUAUCUCAGCGGAGAUAAAACGAAUAACAGUCCAGGGGAAGAUGGACUAGAUCCCUGGAAAACAAAACCAAGAAACUGGAUCAUGGUUUUGUUACAGGGUCUUUGGAUACUAUUUAUGCUAUUUUCACUGCAAAGUUGCAAUGGUGUACAGGUGAUUGUGAAAGAUGAAAAGAAGUUUGCAAUGCUGUUCUCCUCCAUCGUUCUUCCGUGUCAUUAUACCACCCAUUCUACUCAAACUGCCGUGGUACAAUGGUGGUAUAAGUCCUACUGUACUGACCGCACUCGGGAUUCCUUCACCUUUCCAGAGACCAUGAGGGUCCACGUCUCUGAUCUGGGUGCCACAUCCCAUCUGGACUGCUCUGACAAGGGCCGCACAGUUCGCAUAGUGGCCUCUGGACAGGGAGCUUCCAUGACCUUAGCGGAACACUACAAAGGAAGAGACAUCUCCAUCAUCAACAAAGCAGACCUGCGCAUUGGACAGCUGCAAUGGGGAGACAGUGGUGUGUACUUCUGUGAAGUGAUCAUUGCUGACGACCUGGAAGGGAAAAAUGAAGGCCAGGUCGAGCUGCUGGUGCAGGGUAGGAUAGGUAUGCUGGAUGACAUCCUGCCUGAGUUUGAUAUGGAGAUUAUGCCAGAGUGGGUAUUUGUGGGAGUCGUCAUGCUGGGCAGCGUUCUCUUCCUGUUGUUGGUUGGGAUCUGCUGGUGUCAGUGUUGCCCUCACUCCUGUUGUUGUUAUGUACGCUGCUGCUGCUGUCCAGAUACAUGCUGCUGUCCAAAACACUUGUAUGAAGCAGGGAAGAUGGCAAAGAGCAGUCAGCCUCCUCAGAUUGCCUUGUAUCAACCUUACUAUGUUCCUUCUGUUCCUGUGGUUUCUCCAGCCGCACCACCAUCUCUUAUUGAACCCAAGUUGACUGCAGUGCCUCGUUCAGUAGAAAACAAUAUAGCUGGAGCUGGCAGCCUAUCAGAACUAAGCUCUCUGCAUGAUGGGGAUUUAGACUUCAGGCAGACCUAUCGGCAAGUCCAGAGGAAGGCACUGCCACCUAUCAGUGACCACACUGACCAGCCACGUCUCAGAGCAGCAUCAAUUGGCCAUGCGCUCCGCCCCUCACAAUAUCAGAGCAAUCACUUUCUAGACGAACAUGACAACAGAUGGAACUACCACUCAGAGCACCUACCCCGCAAAGCCUUUGAUACCAGGGGGCGCACAGGGUCACUAGACGAACUGGAAGAGUUUGCGUUGUCGUAUGGCCCACACAGUCGUCAGAGAGAUGACUUCCGUGGACCUCAGCGAGACUUCGAAAUGGGCCCAAGGCCACAGGACCAUCGCAUGUCAUACCGAGAUGGCCCACGUUGUUCCGAUGAUGAUGAUUAUGAUGCCUGGCGUCGUCGAGGCUCGACACCUUCCCCCCAUAAAAGGCGUGACACUGGCGACAGUGAGCAUUAUGCUGCUCGUCAAAGGUCAUAUGAUGAUACCUACCUAAACAAUCUGCUGGAGAGCAAGGCCAGGGGUCAUGGAGAGCAGGGUGGGAGGACUGAUGAUGAAAGUGACACCCCCUCAAAAGACAGUUCCAAGAAGAGCAGUAACCGUUACAAUAGCAGGUCACCUAGCAACCGGCCUGAAGAGGAUGAUCCUUUACCUCCAUACUCUGAGAGGGAGGUGGAGAGGUUUAGAACUGAAGAGCGUACAGGGAGGGAACGCUACAGGACUACUGAUCCUAGCAUGCGCCCUUUUUCUUACACACAUCCACCCCAAGGGUUGUGCCAUACACUACAGGAGCGCAGGGAUGACAGGAGCAAACCCAGGAAACUGACCACUCAUCUAAGCAGAGACUCUCUAAUUGUGUGACAUCAUCAGACUGAGCUGACCUCAUACUAAUAGCAUCACCAUCAAGCUGCAGAGAAAUGCACUAGACACCAAGCAUCAAUCAGUCAGCAAUACAGUAUUAUUCCUGGGAACGUAUUCCGGUCAAAGACAAGAACAUGAAAGACAUGUUUGUGUGUGUCUGUAUUUCUCUUAUACAGACUACCACUACACUAGAAUUCUGUGAAUUACAUUUUAUGCAGUUAAAGAGGACUUGUCAUGGUGUCAUGUUAAAAACAAAAUUCAAAAGCAUUUUAAAUAUUCUCUUCAUUCAUGUUUAAAUCAUUCCUUGAUAUUUUGUAUGUCUUAAGUACUGUAAUUGGACACUGUCUUGAAUAUUUUUAUAAUGUCAUUGCCUCUGUUUGCACUGUUGUACUAUACAUUUCUGUGCCAGAUUGUGCUUUUGAUAAUGUGCCAUUUAUUUCUAUUUCACGGUUUUGAAAUAAUGAUUUUGAAAUGA